AUGGAUGCUUCACCCUUCGUGGACUAUCAGGCGGGCAGAGAAGCAUUGAACUAUCAUGGGUUUGCAAAGCACACGGAUCCGGUGGUAGAGAGCUCUAGUCUGAGUGCGGUAAUCCCUCCAGCGCCGACCUACCGCUUCAAGCUGCCUCUGAAGACGCUGACUGAAGGGAGGCUGACCAACUUACAAAUCGAGAGCCUGGUCUAUGCUUGCACCCAGCAUGAAAAGUUCCUUCCUUCCGGACACCGUAUGGGCUUCUUCAUGGGUGAUGGCCCGGGACUCGGAAAGGGGAGGCAAAUUGCAGGAAUUAUCUUCGAGAACUUCUUGAGAGGUCGGAAGAGGAGCGUUUGGCUGUCAACCUCUGGAGAUUUGAUUGAGGAUGCAAAGAGAGACCUGUCGGAAGUUGGUGCAGGGAGAAUUCGAGUUCAUGAUCUGAGGGGUUAUCACAUUGCCGAGGACCUGAGGAAGAAGAAAGAGCUGAAGCAGGGAGUUCUUUUUGUCACGUAUCACCUGCUUGUCGGAGUAAAGGGGGACCAGUCGCGCUUGAAGCAGAUCCUGCAAUGGUGUGGCCUCAAGUUCGAGGGCGUCCUAGCCCUGGAUGAAUGCCAUUCGGCAAAGAACCUGAGUGUGAAGAGAGGUAAGAAUGGAUCAGAGAUUGUAGGAGGAAGUAAGGCUGCUGUUGCUGUGCACAUGCUGCAAGAUCACCUCAAGAACGCGAGGGUCAUCUAUGUUUCUGCUACGGGCGCAAGCAAACCAGACCAUCUUGUCUAUGCCUCGAGGUUGGGCCUGUGGGGAAAGGGAACUGCGUUUAAGAACUCGGAGAACUUUGUCAGCGAGAUCAAUGCUGGGGGUGUUGCUGCUAUGGAGCUUCUAGCCAUCCAGAUGAAGGCUUCGGGUCAGUAUCUGGCACGCAGCUUGGCUUUCAAGGGAGCGACAUUUGAAGUCGUAAAUCUCAGUUUGAACGAAGAGUUCGUAGAGAUGUAUGACAAGGCGGCAGAGCUGUGGCUCGACUUCAUCUCUGCUCUCAAUGUAAAACUUGAGACACAAGAGAUGCCGUUGAACCUGAGAAAGUCGAAGCUGUUGCAAGAUCUGUGGGGGACCCACCAGAGGUUCUGGUGCACGAUGUGCAUCUCGGCGAAAGUGCCUGGGAUUCUAGAGAUCGUUGAGCGAGAGUUGAAGGAGGGCAAGUGUGUUGUCAUCGGACUGCAGAAAACCGGAGAGAGUGCCAUAUCCAAGUUCAACGCCUCCUGCGAUCCAUACUCCGAGAUAGGUGAUGGCGGCCGACGAACAACACACUGGGCUGAAAUUCCUUCGACGGCUAAAGCAAUCUUUCUUCGUUUUGUAAGCAAGACAUCGAAUUUCAUGGGAGAUGAAUGGAUACAGAAGGUGCAACAGCUGAAAUUACCGCCAAACCCUCUUGAUUUUAUCAUUCACUCAUUAGGGGGCGUAGGGAAAGUCGCGGAGAUGACUGGACGGUCAAAAAGAGUUGUUUCCAAGAACAACCACUACGAGCUGGUGAGCAGGGGAACAAAGGUUGGGCUCGACACAGUGAAUGUCAGAGAACGCAAGCGAUUCCAAACUGGAAAGAAACUCAUCGCAAUCAUCAGCGAGGCGGCGAGCACGGGAAUCAGCCUCCAGUCAGACAAGCGAGUGUUGAACCAGAGGCGGCGAGUCCAUAUCACCCUGGAACUACCUUGGAGUGCUGAGAAGGCGAUACAGCAGAUGGGAAGAACUCACAGAUCGAAUCAGAGCUGUCCGCCCGAAUUCAAACUCGUCAUGACGCCCAUUGGCGGUGAAUGGCGCUUUUCAUCUACAGUUGCUAGAAAGCUGCAAGCUUUGGGUGCGCUGACACAUGGAGAUAGAUUAGCUGCAGGAGGGGCGUCUUCUCUCAACCACUUCGCUAUUGCAGACAGCAAGUAUGGACACCAAGCAAUCGCUGCCAUGUUGAACAAGUUGAAGAACGAUGACGUUGCUAGAACUUGUUUGCAGAUCGUUGGAAUCGACAGGGGAUGCCAAACAAACGUCAAAGUUUUCCUCAACAGACUUCUUGGUAUCCCACUCGAUUCUCAGAAGAAGGUUUUCGAAGCUUGGAUGGAUGAAAUAGAAGCAGCAGUGUUCAGAGCAAAAAGUGAGAAUGUUUACUCGGAAGGGAUUGUAGAUAUAGCUGCUCAGAGCAUGGUGCUGGAAAACGAAGAAGUGGUGUACAAGAUGAAGGAUGGGAGAGAAACGUCUCACAUUCGUAUCCGAGGGGAUCGCGGCGUCUCAUGGGAGAAGGCACUUGACCUCUUGGAGAAAUAUUCUCGAAGUGCCCAGUGCGGAUUCUACAAG